AUGUAUUUUGAUCAUUUUACCCAGGACUGGAGUGCGCCUGCAGGGGGCAGCACCGCGCGCUCUGACGGCUCAGGGCCGAAGAAGAAGAGAGUCAGCGCUGCGCGGCUUGUGUUUGAUUCUGCAGUUAAGAUGAGUGAGUUCAGGAUACACCACGAUGUGAAUGAGCUGCUCAGCCUGCUUCAUGUGCGCGGUGGUGAUGGGGCAGAAGGCUACAUUGACUUAUUGCAGAAGCAUAGGACUCCGUAUGUCACCACCACAGUCUCUACCCACAGUGCCAAAGUUAAACUGGCAGAGUUUUCCAAAACGCCCGAAGAUUUUCUGAGAAAAUAUGAAGAGCUCAAAUCCAAAAAUGUUCGCAACCUUGACCCUCUGGUGUAUCUUCUGUCCAAGCUAUCAGAAGACAAAGAGACACUUCAGUCACUGCAGCAGAAUGUCAAAGACAGAGCAGAGUCCUCUGCAAACACAACUUCAACCACAACCACCAGUUUCUCAAUUCCUCACACCAGUACAAAGAUGUCCAUGCAAGAGCUGGAUGAGCUACGAAAGAAACUUGGUAAUGUGACCGCCAGUGCUAAUGCCCCAAUGCCUGCUGAAGUAACACGGAAAAUGCUCAGAGAUAGACAUAACAAAAAAAAUCCUACACAGCUCAACCCUGUUUUUCCUAACUGGGUUUAUGAUCGUCCGCCUCUGAUUGGAGACUUCAUCACAGGCUCCACCUCCACAGGAGAGCCACCGGUAGCAGUAGGAACACUGCCUCUGGCGGCUCAAGAACAAGCCCUAGUUGAAGAUCUGCUCUUUGUGCUGAGUGGAGUUGACGGCAGAGACAUCACUGCUCAGCCUGUGCUCGGACGACAAAACCGCUCAUUUAUUGUGGACCCAACUCUGGACAUGUCUGUCAAAGAGCUGGUCAGCCGAAUAUUACCUGUGGCUUCUUAUUACUCCACUGUAACAAGAUUCAUUGAAGAAAAAUCCUCCUUUGAGUAUGGACAAGUGAAUCAUGCUUUGACUGCAGCGAUGAGGACCCUGAUGAAGGAGUACUUGAUCCUAGUCACUCAGUUGGAACACCUCCUGCAUCAAGGCCUGCUCUCUUUGCAGAAACUGUGGUUCUACAUCCAGCCCACCAUGAGGACCAUGGAGAUACUGGCCUCUAUUGCUUCCUCAGUGGACAAAGGCGAGUGUAUGGGUGGUUCCACAUUGACCCUGCUUCAUGACAGGACCUUUAACUACACUGGGGACAGCCAAGCCCAAGAACUGUGUCUGUACCUCACCAAAGCUGCCAGUGUCCCGUACUUUGAGAUUCUGGAGAAGUGGAUUUACAGAGGCAUUAUCAAGGAUCCAUACAGUGAGUUUAUGGUGGAAGAGCACGAGUUACAGAAAGAGAAAAUCCAAGAAGACUAUAACGACAAAUACUGGGAUCAGAGAUACACCAUUGUGCAGCAUAGAAUACCUUCAUAUUUACAGAAAAUGGCCGACAAAAUAUUAAGUACAGGAAAGUAUCUAAACGUGGUGCGCGAGUGUGGGCGCGAUGUGACCUGUCCCGACGCAAAAGAAGUGUUGUAUACCCUUAAAGAGCGGGCCUAUGUGGAGCAGAUAGAGAAGGCUUUUUACUACGCCAGCAAGGUCCUGCUCGACUUCUUGUUGGAAGAGAAGGAGCUGGUAUCACGCCUUAGGUCAAUCAAGCACUAUUUCUUGAUGGAUAAAGGAGACUUCUUCGUGCACUUUAUGGACCUGACCGAGGAGGAGCUGAAGAAACCUGUGGACGACAUCGUUCCGCCGCGACUCGAAGCUCUUCUGGAGUUGGCUUUGAGAAUGAGCACCGCAAACACGGAUCCGUUCAAAGACGAUCUUAAGAUCGACCUGAUGCCUAAUGACGUCAUCACGCAGCUCCUGAGAGUUCUGGCCAUCGAGACGAAGCAGGAGAAGGCCAUUAUCAACACAGAGGCAGCGGAUACAACCCUAAGUGGACUGGAAGCUUUCUCAUUUGAUUAUAUUGUCAAAUGGCCCCUCUCUCUCAUCAUUAACAGGAAAGCCCUGACCAGAUACCAGAUGCUGUUUCGACAUAUGUUCUUCUGUAAACACGUGGAGAGGCUGCUCUGUAAUGUUUGGAUCUGCAACAAGGACUUCAAGCAGUAUUCUCUUCACUGUGGUAAAUGGUUUGCUGCCUCCUUUGCUCUCCGGCAGCGGAUGCUAAACUUUGUGCAGAAUAUUCAGUACUAUAUGAUGUUCGAGGUGAUGGAGCCGACGUGGCACGUGAUGGAGAAGAACCUCAAAACGGCGUCGAACAUCGAUGACGUCCUUCACCAUCACACCAGCUUCUUGGACAACUGUCUGAAGGACUGUAUGUUGACCAACCCGGAGCUUCUGCGAAUCUUCUCCAAACUCAUGUCCGUCUGUGUUAUGUUUACAAACUGCAUGCAGAGAUUCACUCAAAGCAAAAGAAUGGAGCGCAUCUCGUUGGAGCAGGGCGCUGUGGACGCUGCAGCCUCCCGGAACGAUCAGACAGACGACGACAAGAAGAGGCUCAACACCAAGUCUUCAGCAGAGCAUCUAGACACGUUCCAGUCUGAUGCAAGUUUUGAAGCCACCAUUAACAAGUUUGACAAUAACUUCAGUUUGCUGCUGCUGGAUCUUUUGGACAAGCUCAGCAUCUACAGCACCAACGACUGCGAACACAGCAUGAUCAGCAUCAUUUACAGACUUGACUUCAACGGCUUCUACACCGAGCGUUUGGAGAGAAUGGCGGUGGAGCGCAGUCAGAAGGCUGCAGCGUAA